GGCAUGUUCUGCGCAUGCGCACUACCGUAAAUUCCACAUUUUGUUGUCAGCUGUGUGUUGCAGUGUUUUUGCCAUUUAAUACUUAUAUAAGUGAUGCGUACUCGUUUGCAUUUAACCAAAUUGACCGUUUUAACUUGGGGAAUCUUUUGCUUUUAUAAAACUAGAUUAUUUUAUCUUCAGUAGACUCUUUUUCUUUAAAGUCUCAACGAUGUUCCAGCAGACGAUCAAGAAUUUCACCAUCAACUUCAACAAUUUGAGUGAGAGGAAAACUGUCUCCAGUGGCGACCUGAUAACGGGACACAUCUCCUUCGACGUCACAAAGGAGAUCAAGAUCAAUUCCAUAACGAUGAGACUGAAAGGGGCGGCGGAUGUCCACUGGUCCUCCGGUGGAGGGGGAGGGAGGAAGCGGAGAAGACAACGGAAAGUCUACUCAGCAAAAGUGGACUUCUUUGACUUGAAGAGCGUCCUCGUGCAACAAGAGGGAGCUGUGGGUGGAACAACAAAACUUCAGCCUGGCACGCAUGUGUAUCCAAUUUCAUGUCUUCUCCCACAGGGAGACUUCCCCUCCACCUUCCAUGGGGUUCAUGGAAAGGUAUUGUACACUUUGACAGUGGGCAUCAACAGACCGUGGCAUAUGGCCAAGGACUUUGUGACAGAGUUAAAUUUUGCAAACCGCUUUAAUACCAACCAGCCAGAGCUGCGGGCUCCUCUCUCAGGCUCCAACAACAUGACACUGUGCUGCCUGUGGUGUGCUUCAGGUCCUAUCACAGUGACAGCCAGUGCAGAGAAGAAAGCAUUCAUCCCUGGUGAAACUGUGAAAAUAAUCUGCGAGUUUAGCAACGCUUCCUCUCGAACAGCUACUCCGAAGGUGUCACUGCAACAGAAACAGGUUUACUACGACCGCAGCAAGGUCGCGAGGAGGAGGAUUCUCAAAAACCUGGCGUCUGUGACUGGACAACCCGUCAGCGCUCACACUACUGACGUGCGCACUGAGAUCAUGCUCACCAUUCCCUCGUCUGCAUAUCUCACCAUCUCAAACUGCAGUAUGCUAGACGUCGAUUACUUGAUAGAGGUGAAACUCAGCAUCAGAGCUGCCCCCGACCUCACUGUGCUGAUUCCCAUCAUCAUGUGUGACACCCCUGUUAACUCUGCUCCACCACCCUAUAUGUGAGUUUCAAAUGUAUCUAACAUGACAUGAUGGUGGAAGCUUUUUAUACUGUAUGACAGGCAUUAUCCUCUCUUGCCUUGUUGUUUUUAAUGAUAGUAUCCUAAAUAGUGUCAGUGUUUAGUACUGUAACUGAACGUUGACAUUCAUACUGUGGAAACUGCCUUCUAGCAUCAUACUGCCUUCAUUUAGCUUUCAGAGUGUGCGUGUUUUAUCUAUGAACUGUUUACUAUGGGUUGUUGAAACACUCUACGGGAAGUCUGUUCUGUUUAGGGCUGUCCCAAAUACCAUUUGCGGAGCUUUGAAGCUCAAGUGAUUAUUACCGGCGAAUAUUUGAAGCGUAGAUGGGAUGCGAUGGGACCUUAGGGGGAUAACCGUAAUCAAUCAUAUUCAUAUAUGCCAAUCAACUAAGUAGUCGACUUGAGUAGGACUUUGUGCAGCUGCUUAUGUGUGUUACAAAGAAAGUCAUAGAGAAGGUGGAAGGUGGACUAUUUCAAGCAAUGUUUCUGUAAGUUAGUAUAGCUCGAAACGCCGCGGGUUGAGUCUCAUCACUAGAUGCAAAUCAAGUGCUUCGCUACAGGUGGCAUCCGCAGUUCAUCUCACCUAUUGUUUUCCUUCUCUUACUGCAAUUUUAAUGCUUGAAGAAGGGGUCGAUGACUGCGCUAAGAACACUGGCCUCAUUUGCGUCGGAUACUUGCCACUUCCUUUCAAUUUCCCCCACUGUUUUAGUGGUAAAAAAGAAAAUCGAAGCAUACUAUACUGAUUUGGACAUUGAUUACCAUGGCAACGAUUGACAUUUUGAAGCUUUAAGGCAUUUGAGCCAGCCCUAAUUCUGUUUUAGUUUCUUUUUUGUAUGAUUGGGUAGAUUGAAGCAUGGGGGGAAAAGAUGUGUUACAGAAUGUUAUUACUACGUGAGCCACAGCCGGGAUUUCAUUAUCAAUAUGUAUUUCCAGUGUCCAGUGUUUACAUUCAGAUAAAAUUUUCCUGUACUUGUCUAAAUGCAAAAUAUGUUACUAUGUGUGAUCCAGAGGAAUCUUCAAGGGAUUGAAGAGAGAUAUUCCUAAAAAUGUAAUAUGAAGAUUUGGAAUAUAUUAUUUUAAGUAUAUGUCUGUCUAUGUCUGUAAGUAUAAGCCUGUUUUUAUAGUUUUAUCUCAACUAUCAUCAUGUAUUUUAAUAUAUUAACUGCUGUCAUAUACGUGUUGUUUUGUGAGUAUACUGUGUUGAGAAGUAUUUUAUCUUAUAAUCGGACUAAAUCAGAAGUUUGGGCACAGUGGGGGUAAAUGUGCUCUAAAUGAUGAUGAUGAUGAUGACAAAGCCAUGCAGACAGCUGAAUGCUUGACUGAACUGACUCAAGACUAUGCACCAAAUUACUUUUUUGCUCCCUUCAGCAGGGAAAACUCUGCGCCGAGGACCGUGUAAACUAAAUUCACUCUUUUUAGCCUAAUUAUGUGUCAUUGCGAACACCAUCAGCGUAAUUUCCUGGAGGAAAGCCGUCUCCUCUUUGCUAUUCAGCUGGCACUCACUGUAAGCCAGCCGGUAUGUUAAUAUCCACUAACUUCACAUGGCUGCCAAUGUGGGCUCUAUUAUCUCAGGUUGCUUUGUUCAUAUUGCUGCUGUGAAAAUGAAACUUUUAAUGUGUUUGUUUGUUUCAUGUAUGAAACUAAUUUACAGUGCUAGAAUUUAGCCUUUAUUCAGAGUGAGAUCACACCCUGAUAGCCACAGCUGGUGAGCGCAUUUACGAGCUACAACAGUUGGUGGGCUCCAACUUCAGUGCCUCUUCUUUUGGACAAUAAACUAGAUGUCAAUGAUUUCAUUCUAUAACAACAUGUGGCCUUCUGGAGAAAGGACUUUGGCUUUUUUUUUUUU